AAACAAUAAUUAUAUUAAAAAAAAUUACAGUAUACUUAUAAGUAUGUAUCGAAAAUAAAGGAUAGUCUAUCUGAACUCGGUGGUGCCUUCUAUCAAUGGCUGCCACUUAUCCGGUAACACGCGGUUAGCUGUCUCUUGAAUUUUUCCACAGUGUUGCUGAUUAAUGGUGAUUAAAGUGAAUUAACAACAAUGGCUAGAUACGGACAACGUCCUGAAAAUGCACUUAAACGUGCCAAUGAAUUCAUUGAAGUGGGCAAACCAGCUCGUGCUUUAGAUACCCUCCAAGAAGUAUUCCGCAAUAAAAAAUGGACCUACAGUUGGUCGGAAUCGGUCUUGGAACCGAUAAUGUUCAAGUACCUCGACCUCUGUGUCGAGUUAAAAAAGUCUCAUAUCGCGAAAGAAGGUCUCUUCCAGUACCGUAAUAUGUUCCAAUCAGUGAACGUAGGUAGCUUAGAAAACGUGAUCCGGGGAUACUUACGAAUGGCGGAAGAAAAGACCGAAGCCGCCCGUAAACAAAGUCAGCAAGCCGUAAUAGACAUAGAUGACUUAGACAACUUAGCAACCCCCGAGAGUAUAUUGCUCUCCGCAGUAAGCGGCGAAGACGCCCAAGACCGUAGUGACCGUACAAUUUUAACACCUUGGGUAAAAUUCCUCUGGGAGUCUUACUGUCAAUGUCUCGAAUUAUUACGAACAAAUGCCCAUGUGGAGACACUUUACCACGACAUUGCCCGAAUGGCUUUCCAGUUUUGCCUGGAGUACAACCGCAAAACCGAGUUCCGAAAGCUUUGCGAAAAGUUGCGCAAGCAUCUCGAAGAAAUCUGCAAGCUUCCCCAAUUGGUUUCUAACGUUUCAAUGAACAAAGCUGAGACUCAGCAAUUGAAUUUAGAAACACGUUUAAUCCAACUUGACUCUGCCAUUCAAAUGGAACUUUGGCAAGAAGCUUACAAAGCUACCGAGGACAUUCACGGUCUGAUGAACCUGUCCAAAAAGCUUCCCGUUCCCAAAACAAUGGCGAACUACUAUCAAAAACUGGCCAUGGUCUUCUGGAAGGCCGGAAAUUACUUAUUCCACGCAGCUGCGUUGUUCAAACUGUUACAACUUUCCCGCGAAAUGAAGAAAAACAUGUCUGCAGAAGAGCAGCAAAGAAUGGCAAACCGAGUAUUGUUAGCGACCUUAUCAAUCCCCUUACCCUCAGCCCACCCCGAAUUCGAUAGAUUCAUAGAAACUGACAAAAGUCCCCUAGAAAAAGCCCAAAAACUAGCAAUUCUUCUAGGACUUUCCCAACCCCCAACUCGCGCUUCCCUCCUGCGCGAUAUCGUUCGUAUGAACGUCGUAAAUCUAGCGUCCCCUAAGCUUCAAGACCUGUACUCUUGGUUAGAAGUAGAUUUCCACCCUCUAGAAUUGUGCUCCCGUGUCCAUUCCGUAAUCCAAACACUCCAAGUUGAUGAAUCUAGCCCAUUAGCACAGUACGUCCCAGCGUUGCAAGAUGUCACUUUAGUGCGUCUAAUCCACCAGGUAUCCCAAGUUUACCAAACAAUCCAAUUCGCGCGUUUGAUUGAACUUGCCAAGUUCACAACUGACUUUCACCUAGAAAGACUGUUGGUAGAUUGCGUGCGUUAUAAUGACAUGCAAAUAAGAAUUGACCAUGGCAAGCGUUGCAUUCAUUUUGGCGUAGACUUGAGCGAAGCUCAGCGUGAAGACCAUCCAGAUGGUCCUGUUUUGCAAGCUAUGCCUUCCGAGCAAAUUCGUUGCCAAUUGGUUAACAUAGCUACCGUUUUACAUCGUGCUAUUAACAUUAUUUUCCCGACUAAGCGCAAGCAAGAAAGAGAAAAAAUACGCGCUUCUAUGGUUGCGCUUUAUCAUGAGACUAAAAAUAAAGAACAUCAACGUGUUCUAGAUCGUCAGCAUAUUAUAGAACAGCGCAAAGAGUAUAUUGAGCGGGUUAAUACUAUGCGUGAAGAGGAAGAAAUGCGUAGGCAGGAGGAAUUGCACAGACAGCAACAAGUUGCUGAGCACAAACGUUUAGAGCAAGAACGCGAAGAACGCGAGCGUAAGCGCCAACAAAGUGAGAUUCAGCAGAUCAAAGAUCGCCAUUUGAAGGAAAAAAUGCAACAGAUCUCACAGACUAGUCAUGGUCAGAAAGUUCUUAAGAAAUUGGACGAAGAUGAGAUCAAGAAGUUGGAUGCUGAGCAAAUUGCUGCUCGCGAAGCUGAAGAGCUUCAGAAGGAAAGACGCGAGUUGCAGCAAAAGUUGAAGUCGCAGGAGAAAAAGGUUGAUUACCUUGAGCGUGCUAAGAGAAUUGAGGAAAUUCCGUUGUUGAAAAAAGCUGUUGAGGAUAAGCAGGAACUUGCUAAGCAGCAGUGGGAACAGCAGGAACAGGAACGGAUUCUUGCUGCUAUUGAGGAACGCAACCAAGCUGUUGCGACUCGUGAGCGCAUGUCUAGGAUGAAAGAGGACGCUGAUACGUUCUUGGAUAAGAUUUUGGCGGAGCGCAAGAGCGCUUAUUUGGAAAGAUUGCAGGAGUUUGAGGUUAAGUUCAAUGAGGAGCGUGCUAAGCGGUUGCUAGAGCGGAAAAUUGCUAGGAAAGCUGAACGCAAGGCCAAGUGGGAGCAGGAGCGCGCUGAAGCUGCUGAAAGGAAGCUUCAGGAGGAGCUGAGGAUCAAGCAGGAGGAAGAGCGCAAGCGGAUUGAAGAGGAACGUGCUGUUAGGGAGGAAGAGGAGAGAAUUAAGCGCGCUGCUGAAGCUGCUAAAGAAGCUGAGCGGCUGGCUAAAUUGGCAAAGCAAGCGGAGAUUAUGCGCGCUAGGGAAGAAGAGGUUGAACGGAAGCUUGCUGAAGAGCGGAGUAAGGUUACUGAGUCUGACACUUGGCGUCGUGGCGCUGGGGGGUAUAAAGAGCGCAGGGAAGAGUCACGGCCUUCGGGAGUUGAGCGCAAUGAUCGCGAAGCUAAGUCUGAGGUUUCUUCUUGGAGAAAUGAACCUAGGGACGAGGUGAAGUUUUCUAAGGAUAAGGAUAGGGAUUCUAAGGAGGUUAGGGACGGAAGAGACAAUAGAGACACUCGCGGAAGUAAGUUUGAUAAACCUAGGGAAGGUAUGGGUGCUUCCAGUUGGAGACGUGGAGGAGCUGAUGAUAAGAGGGAUGACAAAUUUGAACGCGGACCAAGGCGCAUGGAUGUUACUAGACCUCCGAGGGAUCGCGAUGAUGAUAGGCCGAGAUACCAGAAGUCUUCUGGGUCUAAUGACUGGCGCACUAAAAACACUGAUGAUUCUAGAGACAUGCCGAAGCGUGAUGAAAAAGAUGAACGCGAGCGCAAAGAAGAUAAAUACAAGCGUGAAGAAAAGAGCGACAACCAAGAAGAUGAAGGAUGGUCGAAAGUAAGCAGCAAACGUUAAAAAUGGAUCGAUUAAAAAAUUAUAAUCUUUCGGAUUGUCACUUUUGCAAAAUGGUUUCUUGCAAGCCUCAUUUUUAUUAGCAAAAAAUUGAAAAUUCAAAAAAAUAACAAAUGAAUUACGAGAUGUAACUCUGAUUUAUUGAUAAUUAAAAUUAAGAUUUUUCACAUAAAUAUUUUUUUUAAAGUGCUAAUUAAACAUAUUUAAGUGGCUUCAAUUUUCUCAGGUUUUUUAAAAUUUGUACUAUGAAUAUUUUCAAUUUUGUCCUUUCUAGUUUGAUUUUAUG